AUGAAUACAGUUAGAGCAAAAUUUUUUAUUCCCAAAAAUAAAAUUAUAGGGCAUGGAUCAUUUUCACCCUUAAAUAAAUUUAUGACAAAAUAUAAUUAUAGUACUAGUGAUAAAAAUAAUGAAAAUAUAAAAGAAAAAAAACCUAAUGGAUUACAAAUUGAUUGUGAAAUUAAAAGUCCUUUAAAAGAAUUCUUAAAUACAGACACAGCAUCACGGGUUUUUGUUUUAAAAUAUGCAUGGAAAUAUAUUAAGGAUAAUAAUUUACAAGAUCCAGAUAUGAAAAGAAAAAUAAUUCCUGAUCAAAAAUUAAAACAAGUUUUAGAAAAAGAUGAAGUUGAUAUGCUCGAAAUUCCAAAACUACUUUUCAAACAUGUUACAUCAUAUAGAAAGGAAUGA